AUGGAUGCGGUGGGAAAACGCAAUAACAACCAAUACGCCGGCGCAAAAACCACAACACACUUUGACGGAUCGCCGACCCAAGCCCAAGGUGAAGGCCGCAGGUUCAGGAAAAAGGUACGCCACAAAAACAACGCCGGUUGCGCGUAUGAGGACAGGCAGGGCAGGAAGGUCGACUGGCAGGCCGUGGCCCCCUUCUUCAAACGCAUCUUCCCCAGGCCCCCCGCAGAGGCCUGGGGCAGCGGCCUGCGCGUGGCGGACAAUCAAGUUUCCGACCCUAUCUGGGUAGGCACGGACAAAGAGUGCGUUACUAAGAACGAGUACGGGCAAAUCCUUCAAUACCUACAAAAUAAGUGUAAUAUCUACGACCUGGAACUAUCCCGCCCAGACGAAGGGCACGAUAGCUUCAUCAAUAGCAUAACGGAAGAAAUCGUAGCAGUGUCGCUACGCUCCUUAAGCGACGCUACGCCGCGUAGUAGUAGAGCAACCAAGCUGCUGAUAAAUUUUGGCAACAACGCCGCGUGGGUUGUUUUUGAUCGCGUCGGACCGGGCGUCCCCAAAUUAGAGGAACAAAACCACCCCGCGCAAUUAUGCAUCAGCUCCUACGUGGCACUAUCCCCCUCUGAAUACGAAUACAUCCUCAACCUGUUCCAGUACGUGGCACUGGCCAGGGGCGCCGUACCAAUUAGCGCCGUACCAAUAAUCGGAAAAUUAGAAGAGCCAGAAGAAAGCCAGGCGCUAGAUGGGACAGAGGAUACGGAAGACACGAUCAGUCUUGGGGGCUUCGUAUGGCAGAAGUCACCCCGUGCGCUCGCUAGCGCCCCGGGCGCUAGCGGCCCCUCCUCCGCAGCGGUGCUGGAGGGCCUGUUGGACAGGUACUCGCUCCGAUGCGCAGUGCAGACCGACGAGGCGAUGCCUGACCUGGGCGAGGACGACUCCUUCACGGGACGCCAAAUUAUCUCCAGCCUAUACGAGCUCAUGGCCGUCGAGACGGAGCUACAUGAGAUGAGGGAGCGCAUCCUCAGCCAAAUGUGCGUUGAAAACAUCUACCCAUACAGGCUCUCCCAUGAGCCGCGAAUCGCCCAGUUCAUCACGGCCAAGGCCCGGGCCUCCCAGCGCUGGUCGCAGUUCCGGCGCACCAUCAUCGCCGCCGUUAACCACUACGCCUGCCAGAUGCUCGAGGCGAGGCGCAACGCCCCGGAGACUGCGGCACCUCCAGAGGCGGACGCUGUACUGGGCAGUGAAUACUGCAGCGUCUGCCUGAUGGCAGAGCAGGCGCACAAGCACGUGCUGAUGCAAUGCCGCCGCUGCCGAGUCCGAGUGCACCACCAAUGCUAUGCCAGCAUCAGCCAAGGACCCCCGGUGGACGGGGGUCCGUGGCUGUGCGACGUGUGCAGCGAGGAGGGGGGUAGAGGCGACAGCUAUGUGUCGAACCGGGGCAUUUGUGCGAUUUGCGGCAGCAGUGGGGGCGCCAUGAAGAGGGUUGACGGGGAGGCAGCCGUCUAUUUUACGCAGUUUUACGCGGCGCAAUACGGCGGGGCAUGCGGAAACGACGGUAAGACACCGGGCGCCUGCUGGAUCCACAUAAUUUGCGGCGCAUGGCUCAUCCCUUCUGUAAAUUGCAAGGACUGGUUGACGCUGUCAAACUGGGACAUAACUAAUUUGAGAACUUCUCCCAAGAACAAUCGUUGCGCCGUGUGUAUGGCGGCGCUGGGAUUUUACGUAUCCUGUCGCAUUCCCCAGUGCGGCGUGAAGAUGCAUCCGCUAUGCGCUUGGCUCGGUGGAGUUUUUGUCACUGUUAAGUUUGUUUAUUCCAAGUCCCUGCCCUUCAACAACGCUGCAGACAACUGCUUCACGCCUUUUCAGAUUGAGCCUCUUUGCCCGUUUCAUUCUUGCAAGGAAUUCUCCCAAGAGGUGGUGAAAAAACAGUCUAAAGAAAGGUGUCUGGCUUAUUUGCACUACGUUAUGAACCCAAAUCCAUUCAACAAACAUAGACAGGCCGCAAAACCGCUAGUGCUCUCUCCUAGCCCAGUUAUGGUUACCCUUAAUGGGCCCGUUAUUUCGCCCGGCGCGAUGAUGCAGGCCCCUAUGCCAAUGUAUCCCAUACAAAGCCCCUACAUGCACGGGCCGUCCGCAGCGCCCAUGCGUACGGCUGUUCAGGCGGGCAGGGGGAGGGUCAUGUUUCUGCCCCCUCGUGUAGACCACUCCAUGAGCUAUAGAGACUUUCUGGCCUCGCAGCAGGUCCCCCUGCAGCCAAAAAGCCCCAGAGUCAACCACCAGCCCCUCCCUCUGGGCUCUAUGAGGUAUUUGGCGCCUUCGCACGUGGCAGGGGCCUCCAAGGGACGCGCUGCGCUACUACAUCUGGACUCACUGCGUCCCAGCGUUUGCGCCGUAUGCUACGAGGAAUCAAACGAUCCGACGCUCCAGUGCACAAGGUGUGGAACGUAUGUUCAUCACCGCUGCUAUAUCUCACGUGAAGCCCCGGUCGGAGGCUCGGACGUGCAGGACGGAUUCUUGUGCGUGGUCUGCAGGACUGGAAUAGAGGAUCCCGAGUGCGCCAUCUGUAAGUGCAGGGGCGGGGCCAUGGUCCUCGCGGUGCCCGGGGACAGGCUACUUGCCCAGCCCAUGUUUGCCCACCCCUGCUGCGGAGUUUUCGCGGGACUGGCCGUGUCCACGGACGCCUCCACGGGCUUUCAUCAUUUUUGCGGUAUUGACAAGCUGGCCGGCACGGGGGGGGUCUGUGGCAUAUGUGAUACCGUGGGCGGGCUCGUCGUGCGCUGCAAUCAGCAGGGCUGCGAGCGGCGCUUUCACGUAUCCUGCGGAAAGCGCAGCGGCUGCUUUAUUGAAAUCAAGCGCGACGGGCACUAUGCCUUUUGCAUACAGCACACUCAGGCGCGCAGUGCGAUCUCUUCGCGGCUGCGCAUGUACCUGAAGCUCCUGGCCUUUGUCGAAAUUGCUAAUAUCGCACUAGACGCACAGGCCCAGUAG